ACUGGGUGCUCGUCUAGCCAUCGCCUCCACUUUGCUCUCUUCUCCAUCCAGCAACUAGCAGCUCAAGUCGCCUAGCUCGAUCGCCGACCGGCCGAAAAUGGCGGCGAUCGCGAUCCUUGUUAGCGCGCUGGUGCUGCUCUCGCCGGUGGCGGCCGAGCUGCAGCGGGUGCAGCACUCGCCCAAGGAGGACGGGUCACUGACCGUGCUCGCCGUCGGCGACUGGGGAAGGGGUGGACAGUUCAACCAGACACUGGUUGCCGAGCAGAUGGGAGUGAUCGGCGAGAAGCUGGCCGCCGAUUUUGUCAUCUCCACCGGCGACAACUUCUACAACGACGGCCUCGCCGGCGACAACGACACGGCCUUCUUCAUGGCGUCCUUCACCGACAUCUACACCGCCUCCAGCCUUCAGAAGCCUUGGUACAUCGUCCUCGGCAACCACGACUACACGGGCGACGCGCUGGCGCAGCAGAGCCCCGCCAUCCGCGAGGUGGACAGCCGGUGGACCUCCGUCAACAAGUCCUUCAUCGUGGAGGCAGACAUCGUGGACUUCUUCCUGGUGGACACGUCGCCCUUCGUCCUCAAGUACUGGAACGAGAGCAAGUUCGACUGGAGGAACGUGGCUCCCCGCGACACCUACAUCGCCACCCUCCUCCAGGACCUGGACGACGCCCUGGCGGCGUCCAAAGCGACGUGGAAGGUCGUCGUCGGCCACCACCCCGUCAGCAGCGGCUGCGAGCACGGCAACACCACCGAGCUCCGUGAGCACCUCCUCCCACUCCUCAAGGCCCAUGGGGUUGACAUGUACCUCAACGGCCACGACCACUGCCUGCAGCGCAUCAGCAGCGUCGACAGCCCGGUGGAGUUCGUGACGAGCGGCGGCGGGUCCAAGGCGUGGGCGGGCAAGUUCAAGGCCACCUCCGACAAGAUGGAGUUCCUAUACGACGGCCAGGGCUUCCUGUCCAUGCAGCUCACCGCGGCCGAGGCGCACCUCGCCUUUUACGACGUCUCCGGCGCCGUCCUGCACAGCUGGGGGCUCGCCAAGUCGGCCGACGCCAGCAUCUCGAACGUGAGCUAGCUGAUCGACUUCACCUGUCCAUGGCCGACGGCGCCGGUCGUUGCUAACGGAUCGGAUGCAAAUGCUUUCUGUCAGUGUCUUCUGCAUGUCGCCCCAUGCAUGUACCUCCGUAAGUAAAUUUAAUGCGAAAUAAUUAACAAACGACGUUGUUCCAA